AUGGCCCACUCACGCCCGAGCGACAAAGCUACUGUACCGUCAUUGAGCCCCUGUAAUGGAUUCCCGGAGGAGAUACUGUCCAAUGUCCUGCAGCUGUCGGUCGCGAAUGCAGAAGACUUGCGCGGCACGAUCCUUAACCCCCUGCAAAACCCCCUUCGAUUGCUCCUCGUUUGCAGACAAUGGACGUCGGUCAUAAACCGAUCCCCGCGUUUCUGGGGGCUUAUGCUUGCUGCCGCGCAAAGUAAGGAGGCAUGGAAGACCGUGUUCGCGAAGAGCAAGAACGCACCAAUUACUCUGCGCACAGCGCCGCGCCUUCCAAUCCCCAUGCUGGCGGAGGCCAUCGGACGAGCUGCAGAGGCCUACUUGGCGGACGACAGCCCAUCUCUGUCUUGGAACGAUGUCUUGUCGUCGCAGGACUCUCUACCUAUGUUGCAGGUCCUGCAUCUAUCUCGCGGCACCCACAACCAUAUCCCCAUCCCGUUGAUUAUAAAGGCACCGUCGCUAGUAGACCUCGCCAUCGAUGGUCCCGCCACACUGGUCGCUUCAAAUCUUCAAUCUAUGCAGUUUAAUCGUCUUCGCGCGGACAUGUUCCCUCUCUUAACGUCUGUAUUGCUGUCUUGCCCUGAACUACGGUCUGUCGUAGUCCGUGACGUGUCAGGCUACGAUAACGGCUUAUGGCAAGCAUGCCUCGAUUGCAUGGAGGGCAGUAGGAUUACGUCGCUCACUGUUGAUGUCGGAGAGUGGCCUCCGAAUGCCCCUUCACCUUCGACGGCCUUGCCGGCACUCACUCGGCUGUGUAUCAGUACUCCGACCAUCAUUCACUCCUCCAACCUAGAAGUUGUGGAUGCCGAGAUGAGUGUCACGCAGUUAAUGGCUCUGCUGGCUGCGAGUCCUUCAAUCCGUAGCCUGGUCGUAUCGUGCCCGCGCUCUGGGCGCGUAGCAGGACCCAUACGUCAGAUCAUACUCCCUCGCUGCCGCACUAUCGUGGUCGAUGAUCGUCGAUCUUUGGACGACGGCGUGGUCGAUCUGCUAUCAUCAAUAUACUCUCCCCUCCUGCAGAACAUGAUCAUGAGAACGCGCCCUGUUCAACUCGUUCGCCCCUCACCGAACGUCACCCAUCCUGACGAUCGAACGCCAUCCUGCCUUCGGCGAGAGAUGUACGCGUCCGCCAAGCGGAAAUCAGCCGAACGGUUCUCGCUUCUUUCUACCAAUUUCGAGUGUCACAUGCACGGCGAAGUGUACCUCAACAUCGAGACGGAUUGCACAUCGGGUCGCUGCGCCUGCAUCACAUUCAGGGUGGAAGAUGACUUCAUUCGGAACGACAAUCAAACGGGCAUUGAAGUGAGGCACAAGAUGGACGGCAUCUUCUGCGAAACCCGUCACAAACACACCCAGCUUAUGUCGGUGUCCUAUAUGCUCAGCAUGUUCUCGUGGCCGUCGAUCUCAACAGUCGUAUUCAAAACAGCCACUCGUUCAACACGUACGCCUCCGGACCAGACGAUGUAUCCAGAUCCCUUUGUGGCGAUAUCCGAGGGGGAGAAGACCGCGCUACUUGACAACCUGGAACUUGAUCAAGGCGAGUGGUGGAAGACUUUACCGCCAGGCUCAACAUUAUUCGACGAGAAAUUCUUCAAUCACUACGACUGGAACCACGAAGACGGCGAUGAAUGCAUCAGACUGCUAGAAUUCGGCGCGCGGGUCCAGCCCAAUCCUUCCCUGCUGCUUAAAGCGAUCUCACUGCUGAAAAUGUUCGUCAAGGAUCCCGCUGGCGGCACCGUCGGCCCGGCGUUCGAGGAAUAUCCUGGACUGCGUGCGAUGGUGGACAUGAUAGAUCACGCGAUCCAGUCCGUGGGCGGCUGCGUCAAUAGCCGAAAUCUUGGUAUCAUCAACUUCAGCUUGCGCUCUGUCUACGUGUUAUAUUCUCUCUAUUCUUUGCGGCAAAGAGCCAUGUAUUACGGCGCGAUGCUCAGUUAUGAAGGACGGCUGGUACGGGAGGAUGAAGCCGAGAGCCUGCUAGUGGAGAAGUCCAAGCUGGCGUACCAGAGCGAGCACAUCGUGCGCAAUCUUGCGGUGGUCGACGACAUCGUCGAGAGAAUGUAUAACGACAUGCACAGGGGUAGAUUAAGCCACGAAAUGAUAGUCAACGUGUCUGGGUUCUGCCUCAAGCUAAACCUUCUUCAUAUCGAACAGCGCAGCACAGCAGGGCACGCCGGCGAAAGCACCUUCUUUACCCAAAUGCGCCGCGAUAGAUCUUACCAGUCAUACGAAUUUCUCCUUCGUGGCAUCACAUGGCCAGGCAUUGUCGGCGAGGCUGAGACGUUGCGCGAGAUCAUUAUCACCGCCGAGCUACAAACACGUCCUCACGAGGGUAUCGAGGUGCAGCAACGGUUCAUCCGUCGCCUUUUUGGUCGAACCCAGGUAUCCAGGAAGAAUUAUAUGCUCACCCAUGACCUGUGGCGGUUUGCGAUCCGCAACCCGUAUACAAUCUGGACGGAUUCGCACAACCAAUGUCUGUGGGACUGGGGCCGCGCUCAUAAACCGGCGUGCGCUAUAUAUACAAUUGAGGCUCUACCGCCUCCAUCCGACGAUGACCAAAGCAACACAGCCGAUGACGGCCAAACUGGCGCCGACGACGGAGCAUCCGGUGCCGAUGGCGAAGAAGCCGGCAUCGACCUCUAG